AUGAUUGUUCCUUACCUUCAAAGUUCUCCAGAGCUUGGGAAGGCUGUACUUGUCUUAUGUCUCAUGCUACUGUUAUAUUUACUAAGUUCGACAGCCGACGAGUUCUUUUGUCCAGUAUUACAAGCAAUUGUUGAGAAAUACCGUAUUCCACCUCAUGUAGCAGGUGUUACGUUCCUGAGCUUUGGUAAUGGAUCACCUGAUGUUUUUUCUAAUAUUGCAGCGUUUGCAACGCCAACACCAUCAAUUGCUGUUACAUCUAUCCUUGGUGGUGGUCUUUUAGUCACAACAGUUAUCGCCGCGUGUGUGGGGCUAGUAUCUGCCGGUCACGAGCAGUUGAUCCCCCGUACGUUCUUGCGUGACGUGGCUUUCUACUUCGUGGCUGUACUAUACUUGGGACUGGUAUUCUUUGAUGGUCAAGUGGAAUUGCCUGAAGCCGUGGGAUUCCUAUUCAUCUACUUCGUCUACGUGCUCGUGGUGUUUUCAGACAAGCAUUUAGCAGCUUAUUGCUUUCCAUGCAAAGUACACACAGAAGGUUUAAUCUACGGCGUAUUGAACGACGACGAUGAGGAUCUCCAGUAUUGGUCGUCUUCGACGGCGAGUGAAAAGGGUGCAGCAAUUACUUCGUUGCCAUUGCCAGUUGAUCAGCCCCAAGAACAACAAAAGCACCGCCCUUAUUUGAAAAGCCAAACGAUCCCUGUGUACAAAACCUUUGUGCGAGCACAGAUUUUCUCAGACUCAGAGCAGUCUGAACCGUCCCCACGCUUUCUCGAUCGCAUGCUGUAUCGUAAGAAUUCCGUGCCUACACCGCGCUCAGCUCCUUACAUCACCGAUGAGUUCGGACCACUUAGUCGAGACGAGGGACAGUCGUUGCUGGAAGUCACGGAUGUACAUCUUAAGCGCCCUACGUCAAUGUGCGUAGCGUCAAUGCAGGAGUCACGGCAUCGGAUGAGACGACAAAGACGUCGGCGCAAAACCGCUUGGGAGUCCUUGGAGACGAGUACGCAUUUUGGAACGAUGGCACGACGGUGGACGCGUGGGUAUCACGCACUCAGCGAUAUUGAUGAGUUUUCUUCUUAUUUUGAAUCGGACGGUUUUGACGCAGAAAACGAAGAGAACUUUGAAAUGCCCGAGGAGGAGUUUGGAGAAAAGGAUCUUGAAGCGACAUUACGGUCAUCAGAAAACGAUGAGCUUCCGUUGGAGACGAUCAUGGCUGUUUCCUCAAUCGAUUGCGUCAAGCUGAAAGCUAAACGAUGCUGGAGGCUAGCAGUUCAAUCAGUAAGAUGCAUUUGCUCGACCUUCGUGCGGGUCGUAUGGAACCCGUUUGCGGUGUUCACUGUGUUUGUGCGUCGGUUGACCAUUCCGCUGGUGGACGAGGAUACCUGGGAUAAAAACCUGAUUGUUGUUUGUCCACCUUUUGCGAUGUUGUUGUUUGGCAUUUCGGUAUUUUCGUUAAGCAUUGAAGAUCCUGUUUUUCUCAUGUCGGUCAUCGUAGUUGGUGGAAUGAUCAGUGGCAUUAUCGAGCAUUCCACGUCGCCACUUGCGCCACCUGAAGGCAUGCUGCUGGCGCCUUUUCUUGGUGUGGCUUUUGUCAUGUCUAUCAUAUGGAUCAUGAAUAUUGCGAACGAGGUUCUUGCUCUUUUAGAGACCUUGGGAAAGCUUUUUGGCAUUCCAAGUUCAGUGUUGGGGGUGUCGGUUUUGGCGUGGGGUAACUCAAUAGGUGACCUUGUGUCAAACAUGGCUAUUGCGCGCGACGGCUUUCCUACCAUGGCUUUCGCCGGCUGCUUCGCUGGGCCUAUGUUCAAUCUCCUUGUUGGUAUUGGGUUGUCACUUACAAUUGCUAUCGCAUCGCACGGUCCUCUCUCCAUUGCCAAACCGUCACCACUGGUGUACUUGGGCUUCGGGUAUCUUCUCCUGAGUUUGCUGCUUAACAUUGGGAUGGCAUCAUACGAUGGCUUUCGGUACCGCCCACGACUUUGCUACAUCCUCCUGGCGCUAUACGCAUCAUUUGCCGUUAUUUCCAUUGCACUUGUGGCGAAUUACCCUGACGAAUAA